AUGUCUAUCACAACUUGCCAGAAGGUUACUCUUAUAUCAUGUUCUGUUCUCUGUGUUUCUCUCUUUUUGCCCAGAAUGCUUUUACCCAGAGGGAAAAAGGAGAUGGGGCAGCCUGAGGUUGGACCUGGGUUCUACCCACCUGUGAUGAACCAGCUGUCAUUGCCAGAGGACCCAGAACGGUGGGGUGUGGACCCUUCGUACUCCAUGACACACAGUGCUGAGACCAUGGCCAAAGUAAAAGGAAUUGGACGAGGCAAAAAAUACAACCUGAUGGCUCAAGUGAUACCCAUAUAUGGCUUUGGGAUCCUUCUUUACAUCCUCUAUAUAAUCUAUAAGCUGACAUGCAAGGGGAAGACUACUAAAUCAGGAAACUAUGCAACAAUGACCAAGGCAAACAUGGAGAGUAGGACUGUAACUGAUGAUGAGUAUGCCAGGCUUCAGGAGAGACUACUGCAAACGGAAAGGAUGAUGGAGAGGAUUGUCUCUGAAAAAAAACGUGUUUCUGGGAGUGGAAGACGGAGAAAGAGUAAAACUACAACAUCAAAGAAGGAGGAGAAAUUACUCAGGCAACUUAGACAGAUCACACAGCUGAUGCAAGAGGGACGUUUGGAGGGGGCCUCCCCAGAGAUGGAGGCUGAGGAGGUCCCUUAUGGUGCAGACUGGGAAGGCUACCCAGAUGAGACCUACCCAGAGUUUGAUGAGCCCUAUGACAAAUACGGAUUUGACACAUUUACUCUGGAGGAUCCCGUCAACCAGCCCACUGCCGAGGCCCUGGCAGAGAGGAUGGAGCAAGAGGAGGAAGAGAUUAUGGCAAGGAAGUUAUCCAUAGUGCAAGAGGAGGAUGAGGAGGAAGAUGAGGAGGACGAAGAAGAAGAAGAGGAGGAAGACGAGGAGGAAGAGGAUGUGGAGGAAGAUAUAGAAGAAGAGGAGGAGGAGGAAGAAGAGGAAGCUGAAGCAGAGAAAAGACAUUUGCUCUGUCCUUUUCCAUCACAGCCUUCUCCAGAAAGAUGGCAGGAGAGAGUUGGUUUGGAGGUGAGCAAUGAGCUACAAUGUCUCAAUGGAGGGAAGAAACAAAUAAGUUUCAGUGACCACAAAGAUGUAUUCCACUACCCUAAAGAGGACACUUAUGAGAAGGAGGAGGAAGAGGAGAAGGAAGAUGAGGUAGAGGAGGAGGAUGAAGGGACAGAGGUGGAAGAGGAGGAUGAGGGGGCGGAGGUGGAAGAUGAGGAGGAAGGUGAUGAAGAUGAUCCAGUGAUGGAGGCAGAGAACCUGCUGUUCAGUUGUGAGGGUGGUUCCAACCCGGAGGAAGAAGCAGAGGAGGAAAAAGAGGAGUAUUUGUUAAUGGCAGCGCCUGUGGAGGGUGAAGGUCACAUCCAUGCAGACGUGCCUAAAGAGGUCGGGGUGAGUGGGCUGAGGAUGCGGAACAGGCGGGAGACGUAAAGGAGUUUUCUCUUUACCUAAAAUGAGUUCUCCAACAUACAGUAAACUGUGUUCCUCACAUAGUACUGUGUUUAUUACAGACCCCUUAUGUGUAUAAAAUAUACAACACAAUCUAUACAAUCCAAUACUGUUCUUAAGUAAUUCUUUUGGACAAAUAAUAGUCUCCUCUCACACCGUUAGAACAUACUGUAUUGUAGUAAGAGCUUGAUACCUGUUAUGUGCAUGUAUUUUCAUUUACAUUCUCA